GAGUGCCUCGGUGCGCGGUCACGCGGUCGUCCUGCUGUCACGAGCUUUAUCCAGGCAGCGGGCUGAAGGCUUGGGAGAAUUUACAACGGGCCGGACAGAAACCUGCAAAAAUGCCGGCUGUGUCGAAAGGAGAUGGAAUGCGAGGAUUAGCUGUUUUUAUUUCGGACAUCAGGAAUUGUAAAAGCAAGGAAGCGGAGAUCAAACGGAUCAAUAAAGAGCUGGCCAACAUUCGCUCCAAAUUCAAAGGGGACAAGGCUCUUGAUGGCUACAGCAAGAAGAAAUAUGUCUGCAAGUUGCUGUUUAUCUUCUUGCUUGGCCAUGAUAUUGACUUUGGACACAUGGAGGCGGUCAACCUGCUGAGUUCCAACAAGUACACAGAAAAGCAGAUUGGCUACCUCUUCAUCUCAGUGCUGGUCAACAGCAACAGUGAGCUCAUCCGUCUGAUUAACAACGCCAUCAAAAAUGACCUGUCCAGCCGCAACCCCACUUUCAUGUGCCUGGCUCUUCACUGCAUUGCCAACGUUGGUAGCCGUGAGAUGGCGGAGGCCUUCGCCAGUGAAAUCCCGCGCAUCUUGGUUGCUGGAGAUACCAUGGAUAGUGUGAAGCAGUCAGCUGCCCUCUGUCUGCUGCGCCUCUAUAAGACAUCCCCUGACUUGGUGCUGAUGGGGGAGUGGACAUCCCGCGUGGUGCACCUUCUCAAUGACCAACAUAUGGGAGUGGUGACGGCAGCCAUCUCACUUAUCACUUGUUUGAGCCAGAAGAAUCCAGAUGAGUUCAAGACCUGUGUUUCCCUGGCAGUGUCUCGACUCAGCAGAAUUGUGUCAUCAGCCUCCACCGACCUGCAGGACUACACCUACUACUUUGUUCCAGCACCAUGGCUCUCUUGCAAGCUUCUGCGUCUUCUGCAAUGCUAUCCUCCACCCGAAGAUGGAGCUGUAAAGGGCCGUCUGGUGGAGUGUCUAGAAACCAUCCUCAACAAGGCCCAGGAACCACCCAAGUCAAAGAAAGUGCAGCAUUCUAAUGCUAAGAAUGCUAUCCUUUUUGAGGCUAUUUCUCUUAUCAUCCACUACGACAGUGAGCCCAAUCUGCUUGUGCGAGCCUGUAAUCAGCUGGGCCAGUUCCUGCAGCACAGAGAGACUAACCUGCGCUACCUGGCUUUGGAAAGCAUGUGUACUUUGGCCAGUUCUGAGUUUUCACAUGAAGCAGUCAAGACGCACAUUGAGACGGUCAUAAAUGCCCUAAAGACGGAGAGAGAUGUUAGUGUUCGACAGAGAGCGGCAGAUCUGCUGUAUGCCAUGUGUGAUCGCAGCAAUGCCAAGCAGAUCGUAGCUGAGAUGCUCAGUUACCUUGAGACAGCAGACUACUCCAUCAGAGAGGAGAUGGUCCUCAAAGUAGCCAUACUGGCUGAGAAGUACGCUGUCGAUUACUCGUGGUACGUUGACACCAUUCUCAACCUCAUCCGUAUUGCUGGCGACUAUGUCAGCGAAGAGGUCUGGUACCGUGUCAUCCAGAUUGUCAUUAACCGCGAUGAUGUCCAAGGCUAUGCUGCUAAGACGGUCUUUGAGGCCCUGCAGGCACCUGCCUGUCAUGAAAACAUGGUGAAGGUUGGAGGAUACAUUCUUGGAGAAUUUGGUAAUCUCAUUGCUGGUGACCCCCGUUCCAGUCCCUUGGUCCAGUUCAACCUCCUUCACUCCAAGUUCCAUUUGUGCUCCGUCCCGACUCGUGCCCUGCUGCUGUCGGCCUACAUCAAAUUCAUCAACUUGUUCCCAGAGACCAAGACUACAAUCCAGGAGGUUCUGCGCUGCGACAGCCAGAUUCGUAACUCUGAUGUAGAACUGCAGCAGCGUGCUGUGGAGUAUUUGAAGCUCUCUUCUAUUGCCAGCACCGAUGUCUUGGCCACCGUUUUGGAGGAAAUGCCUCCUUUCCCCGAGAGAGAAUCUUCAAUCUUGGCUAAGCUGAAGAAGAAGAAGGGUCCUGGUGCAGUGUCCGUGACAGACCUUGAAGACAACAAACGGGAAGGAGGGGAGCUGAAUGGUGGCGGUGAACGAGGCCCCGACAUAACAGCAAUGGCUUCCUCCAAUGCUUCCACCCCAUCACCAUCAGCAGACCUCCUCGGCAUUCGUUCUGGACCUCCUGUUGGCACGGCUCCAACCAGUGCCGGUAGCCUACUGGUGGAUGUGUUCUCUGAAGCAGGGCCCACUGCACCUUCUGCUGCAGUGAAUGACGAUGGUUUCCUAAGAGAUCUGGAACAGCCCACCGAGACCUCUGACUCCCUAUUGGUGGAGGGUUCUGGUGACUCGGACUCUGCUCCUCCCUCUGAGGAUCCUGCUCCCCCUAUGUCUGAGGCUGAUGAACUUCUUAACAAGUUUGUGUGCAAGAACAAUGGAGUUCUGUUUGAAAAUCAGCUUCUACAGAUUGGCAUCAAGUCCGAAUAUCGUCAAAAUCUCGGGAGAAUGUAUUUAUUCUAUGGGAACAAGACAUCGGUGCAAUUCGCCAGCUUUACCACCACAGUCAGCUGUCCAGGAGAGCUCCAGCCACAGCUCAAUGUUCAGACCAAACCAGUGGAGCCACUGGUAGAGGGAGGAGCCCAAAUCCAGCAGGUCCUCAACAUAGAGUGUCUGACUGACUUUUCUGAUGCUCCACUGCUCAACAUCAAGUUCAGAUACGGAGGAGCUCUGCAAAACUUGACCCUCAAGCUCCCCGUCACCAUCAACAAAUUCUUCCAGCCCACUGAAAUGUCCUCAAAUGAUUUCUUCCAGCGUUGGAAACAGCUGAGCCUGCCUCAACAAGAAGCACAAAAGAUAUUCAAAGCCAACCACAGCAUGGACACAGAAGUACUUAAGGCCAAGCUACUAGGACUUGGAGCGGCCCUGCUGGACAAUGUCGAUCCAAACCCAGAGAACUACGUGUCUGCUGGAGUGAUCCAGACCAAGGGUCAGCAGGUUGGCUGUCUGCUAAGACUGGAGCCUAAUGCCCAGGCACAGAUGUACCGACUGACUUUGCGCUCGAGCAAGGACUCCGUGUCAAAGCGCCUCUGUGAGCUGCUGGCCCUGCAGUUCUAGACUUGCGAGAGCUCCAGAACUUUAUCAAGACCAUUUCCUCCCAGCUAUCUCUCCCCUGUCCUUUCUUCCCACACAGCAAAGAUUCUUUAAAAAACAAAACACACAAAAAAAAAAAACUACCUACAUAAGGGAAACACAGCCACUGUUAGCAGCAGUGGCCAUAUUAUUGUCAUUAUUCUAAUUCAUCUUCGAUUUGUUUAUUAACAUCAUCCUACAUUAUUUUUGUUUUGUGGCGUGUAGCAGCCGGGCGCGCGCGUGCGUGCGCGUGUGUGUGUGUGUUUGUGCGUGCGUGCGCGUGUGUGCGUGUUCGUGCGUGCGUGUGUGCGUUCGUAGGUGCGUUCGUGCGUGCGUGUAUUCGUGCGUGCGUGCGCGUGUGUUCGUGCGUUCAUGUGUGCGUUCGUGCGUGCGCGCGUGUAUUUGUGCGUGCGUGCGCGCGUGUAUUUGUGCGUGCGUGCGCGUUUGUGCGUUCGUGCGUGCGGGUGUGCGUUCGUGUGUGCGUUCGUGCGUACGUGCGUGUGUGCGUGCGUGCGCUCGUGUAUUUGUGCGUGCGUGCGCGUUUGUGCGUUCGUGCGUGCGGGUGUGCGUUCGUGUGU